AAGUCGAAGCACCUCUAGUUCCACUUACAAGCGAUAACAAAAUGCAAUUAUUAUCGAUAGUUUUGCCUGCCUACUGUUUUAUUUAUUUUAUUCCUUAUUCCUAAGAUAAGCUUAUCAUAAAAUACAAUGGAUGGCUUGGAAGAUGCAUCCCAAAUGGAAAUCAACCUCUCCAAUACGAACGCGAACUCCCAAAUAGUGUUAAACGAUCUUCGACUUCUCGAACUAAUCUAUAUGUAUCCGUUUCUAUUCAGCAAAGCGGUGCGUCCCCAGAAUGACAAAGACUAUGAGGAAUGGGGCUGGGGGGAAAUAGUGAAGGCAUUCAAUUUAAGCUAUGAGGGCUUAGAGCUGUCCGCGCCCUUUUCCGUUGAGGAGCUCCAGUGGCGAUGGGACAUCCUGCGGCCCAUAUGCCCGACGCUCGGUAAAGCGUGCGGCCAAAUACCGAGUGCACUUCGGGAUAUAGUUAGCAAAAUAAACCAAUUGAUGAACGUGAAACCGCCGGCAAACAUCAAGGGCUUGACUUCAACGCAACAGUUUUUACUCGAUCAGCUGCCGUUUAUCGAGCAGCUGUCGACGGCGCACCAAAGGCAGCUGGAGGUCGAGGUACUGGAUGCCAUAUUCAAGGAAGAGCGCAAGGUUCGUUUAGUUUGCAAGGGCCUCGGUAAAAAGGAGCUGGCCAUUGUGCUAAACGAGUACGAUGCUUUCCUAAAGGCGAUACGCGUCAAAGAGCUGCCCGUGCAGGUCAGCUCUCGCAGGAGCUCCGUCAGCAGCAACCCCGGCAGCAAACCGGACAGUUCUGCAGCUGCGACAAAUGUUGUCAAUGCUCGUUCCAGCAAUCUCGUCAUUAGCGAUGUACGCGGUCACAGCAAACCGCAGCCUGAGCCAGCAAACCCGCCCACAUCAGCGCUGGUCAUAAAGGAAGAGCCACCAAACCAGCUUGAGGUAGAGCUGCAGCCGGAGUCAAAACAGUCGCCAGUCAAAGAAGCUGAUCUAAGUCUGCGAUAUGUGCCGCUCAAGAGCGCCAAGUACUAUGUGAAAAAGGUGCAAGUGAGACUGAAGCGCCUGGACUUCGCCGACUAUAUGCCGCUGUCGUAUGUGAGGAAGACCCGCAACAGGAGCUCCUGACUGCGUUCGGGAGCUAUUCAGUUAAGUUAGUUUUAUAUCAAAUGCACAAUAAGUUUAUUUAAAAAAUACAUUACUAUAAAUUACAACUUAGAGCUAUUGUUUAAACUGAUUUGAUUUUGUUGCAAUCACUAAACAAACAGUUUCCGAAACAGAUGGGGCCGGCGACAUGCAUCUAGCCGAGCUGUUGGCUGGCUGCCCGGCGGAGCGACUGCAGCAGUCCCAGCGCCUGGAGGGCACAGUUGCCCAUAUGGGAUGUGGCCUCGGGCGCUGAGGAACUUGGCUACUUGUACAUUACAUUUUGUUCUACAUUUUUGUAAUCGCAUUUGUGUUUAUUAUUAACAAGAGUCACAAGAACGUAAUUCAACAUGUCUACAAAAUACA